AUGGAUGAGAACGAGAAGAAAGCUAGGGAGCUAAUUGCUGAGGCACAAAAGAAGAAUAAGAAAGGAUUCUUCUCCUUUGGUUCGGGUUCAGAUAGAACGGAAGAAAUGAUAUCAUUGUAUGAGAAGGCAGCGAAUUGUUUUAAAAUGUCGCACAACUGGACCGAGGCUGGUAACGCGUUUUUAGAAGCUGCAAGUCUUAGUUUGAGCCAAAAGUCCAAACAUGACGCAGCUACACAUUAUGUGAAUGCGUCGUUGGUCUUUAAGAAAGAUGAUCCAAAGAAAGCUAUUCAGUGCCUGACAAAAGCGAUUGAAAUAUAUACUGAAAUGGGUCGAUUUACGAUAGCCGCCAAACAUCAUCAAACUAUAGCUGAAAUUUUCGAAAAAGAUUUAGUUGAUAUUGAGCAAGCUAUUCGUCAUUACGAACAGGCAGCUGAUUAUUAUAAAGGUGAAGAAUCCAAUAGUUCAGCUAUGAAAUGUCAACUUCUUGUGGCUAAACUUGCAGCUCAACUUGGACAGUGCGAUAAGGCUGCUACUCUGUUUGAAGAGGCUGGCAAAGCAUCAAUGGAGAACAAUUUAUUGAAAUAUGGUGCCAAAGGACAUCUUUUCCAUGCUGUAAUUUGUCAUUUUUGUGUGGAUUUGAUCAAUGGUCAAAAAGCGCUUAAAACCUAUGAAGAAUGUUACCCCAUGUUUGCUGAUUCUAGAGAAUGCGGUUUAAUGAAAAAAUUAUCAGAAGCUUUAGAACAAGAGAAUGUAGAAGCGUACACAGUGGCUGUUCAAGAAUAUGAUAAUAUAACUCGACUUGAACCAUGGAUUACAUCAUUAUUGCUUAAACUAAAGAAAACAAUCAGUGAAGAAGAAGAUAUUACUUAACUUCUUCAAUUUUAAUAGGUUAACCAUAAAAUAACUGUCAUUCCAAGUUAUCUUUAUAUCUUUCUAGUGGAUAAAUAAUCCUACAUUCCUGAGUAAACCUUUAUUUUCUACACUAAUCUUGAAUUAUGCUUGUGUGUGUGAGAGUGUGCUUUGGUGCAAUUUAUUUGUUUCCUUGUUUUACUUUGCACGUACAAUCAAAUUGAAUAUGUACCUCUGCAUUGGUUAAAGUUUUCCUCUUAAGCUUUAUUACUGUACUCCAGUUCUAAGUAGUCUCUUUUCUUAUCAUUUUCAUGUUCUUUAUAUAUAUUUUUCUAUUUAACUUCAUUGUACAAUUUCGCCGAAUUUGGUCAUAAUAUUUGUAUCCUUAAACUAUGAUAUUGUCUAUUGUUUAAUAGUAACCCAAUCAUUUCUGGAGUGGUUAAUCCUUAAUCAUACUGCUAUUGUUGUUAUUGUUUCUUUGUGAACAUACAUCACAAGAACAAUAUUUAUCUUUUUUUUUCUUCUUCUGUUUCCUCUUCAACAAAUCUGUAAUAAUAAUGUGAUAUAUAAACUGCAUUAAUCAUUUAUUUGUUACUGCUAAUAAAAGAACAUGACACGUUUG